ACAGAGCCAAGCUGUCUACAACAUGAGGAGCUGGGUGAGCUGAGACAGAGACACGAGCAACAGGUCGCGGCCUUGACCCACACGUUUGACCUUGAGAGAGACGCCCUGCAACAGGCCCUGGAGGAGGCGAGGGAGCGGCUGGUGACCUUGGGACAGGCUAGCGAGGACACACCGACGCACACACUGGUGGCCAGUGUCGGGGAGGAGGGAGAGGGGAGGUGUGUGAAGGAGGAGGACCUGGUGAGAGAGAAAAAGGAGGAGGUGAUGAGGAUGGAGAAAGAGGUGGAAGAGAGGUGUGAAGAGUUGGGAAGGAGAGAGGAGGAGGUGAGGAGGAGAGAGGAGGAGGUGGCAGAGAGAGUGAGAGAGCUGGAGGCACAGACAGGGGCAUUGAGCUCCCAGUUAGAGGAACGAGAUAGACAAAUGGAGAGAACUGUGGAGGAAUAUAAACACCUUAUCAAAGAGAAGGAUAGACAGAUGGAAAAAGACGCCAACUUGGUGAGAAAUUUGGAAAUUCAGCUAAAGGGGCGAGAGGCAGAGCUUAGAGAUAUGGAGGCGGAGCUAAAAGACAAGGAGGCGGAGCUUGUGGAAAAGAAAGUGGAGUUGGAGCAACUGUUGUCUGUGAGAGAGAGAGCGGGGGCAGUGGAGGGGGAGGAAAGGGGAGAGAGAGAAAGGAGUGAUGGGAUGUUGCGGGAAGACAGUACGGAGACAGAGCUGAGGUCAAAGGUCGGCCAGCUGGAGGCGUGUCUGCGUGAGAAGACGGCCAGCCACGAGCGUGAGCUGACCUCUGAGAGGUCACGACACCGGAGAGAGUUUGAGCGCGCCGCACGACACCGAGAGGAGAAGUUCCAGUCUGAGCUCAGGUACUUCCUGCAGGAGAGGGAGGAGAGAGGGAGGAGGGAGGUGGAGGAGAGAGUGAGGAGGGAGCUGGAGGAGAGAGUGAGGAGGGAGGUGGAGGAGAAAGUGAGGAGGGAGGUGGAGGAGAGAGUGAGGAGGGAGGUGGAGGAGAGGAGCAGGGGUGCGUUUGAGAAAGCCAUGGAGGAAUACCGAGAAAAGAGUGAGGAGGAGAAAGAAAGACUGCGUCAGGAGUGUGAGGAACGGGUACAGAGGGCCGAGAGGAGAGGGAGGGAGGAGGAGGAGGGGAAGACAGAAGACACACACACACAGAAUGUGGGAGAGAAAGAAAGUAUGAACAAGGAGGUGAGAAGAUGGAGAGAGAAGUUGGAGGAGAUGGAGAGAAAGAUGAAGGGUCUGAGGGAGGAGAAAAUGCUGGAGUUGUCUGUGCUGUCACAGAAGCACAAGGCAGAGAUAGACAGAGUGACGGAGGAGUGGAGGACACGUCUGCACACAUGGAGGCGAACUGUGGAGGAACAGAAGGAGGAGUUGAGAGAGAAAGAUAGAGAGAACAAGCGACUGAAGGAAGAGAGAGAGGAGGAGGAGAAAAAGUUGGCUCAAAUGUCUGGAAAGAUGGAAGGAAGGGAACAGGAAAUGGAGAGACGGAAAGAGGACAAGGAGGAACGAGAGAAGGAUAACAGGAGUGAGAGAAGGAUGACUGUGACCAGAAAGUUGUUUGAUACUUUGUAUGAGGAGGAGGAGGGAGAGAGUGGAGAGACAGAAAGAGUAAUGGAGGAAGGUAGGGAAGAGGAGAUAGAGAGACGAGUGAGAGAGAGAGUGACGGAGGAACGCAGUCGUUGGCUGCAGGAUGCUCAAAGCUAUAUCUCCGGGGAGAUUCAGAUGGGAAUAGAGGAUAGAGAGAGGGGCCAGGCGGACGAGUGGGAGAGACAAAAGAAGGAGGUGGAGGAGAAACUCACCAAGGAGGUACAGCGGAUAGAGAGAGAGAAGAAACAGCUGGAGGAAAGAGUCAAGGAGGAGGAGGAAAAGAGAGAAAAGCAGAAAGAUUUGGAGAGGGUGAUGGAAGAGAGGAGGAAGGAGAGGAUGAGAGAGGUGAAGGAGAGGGUGGAGAGAGAGGUGAAGGAGCGAGUGAGAGAAGAGGUGGGCGUGGAGGUACAAGGUCUGAAGCAGAAGUUUGUGACGGAGCUGGAGGCGCGAGUGGUGAGAGAGAGAUCGCAGACACAGGCGGAGGUACACAGGUGGAGGGAGGAGGCACGGAGGAAGAUGGACAGAGAGAAGGAGAGGUUGGAGGAGGAGAUGAGGACACUGGUGACGUAUGAGAAGAAGAAGAUAGAGGAGGAAGUGAGGACGAGGAAAGAGGAAGAGUUGAGGGAGGUACGGGCAGAGAUGGAGGAGGAGAUGAGGAGGAGGAUACAGAAACAGAGGAGGGAGUGGGAGGAGGAGGAGGCGGUGGCCCGGAAGGAGGGAUGGAAGAAGAAAAAGGAGAAAGAGGAGGAGGGGAGAGAAGAGGGAGAUGGACUGAAGAAACAGCUGCAGGCAGAGAAAGAGGGACGGGCUAAGAGACUCACCACCGGCCUGUCUAUGUGUCAAUCCAUGCUACAAGUGACUGCAUCGAGCCUGCGGUCCAUCCACGCGUCCAUCGAGGCUCUGUGUCAACAACUUGUCUCCUCUAGCCCACGAUCUGACCUCUCCGACCCCAGCCCAGCCGCCGGGGACACCCACCACAUACCCGUGGGGGACACCCACCACAUACCCGCCCGGGACACCCAUCACACACCCGCUGACCCGCGGCCCGACAACACCAGCGGGCCGGUGGGAGGGAAGGCGUGGUCCCUGGGGACGGAGGAACCUGUGAGGAGAGGGAGAGGGAGGGAGGGAGCUGGAGGGAGGAGCAGGAGUGAGGAACGGAGGAGGAUAGGAGAGCAUGGAGGAGCGAGAGAAGGGCGCGGUGCAGGGAGGGACAGAUCCGAGGAAGGUCAGAGAGGAGGAGUGGAUGGAGGAGAGAGGGAGCGAGCGACUAGAGCACAGGACUCGAACCACCGCCUCCCACAGCUGGACCGAGUGGCGCUCUUUGACUCGGACACACCCCCAAGGUCACCCACCUCCUCCCCGCGUGACCUUGGCGGCCGUGCGACCUCUGUGUCAAGGCCGGUGGGUGAGGUGGGGGAGAGCUUCUCCCCACGGGACGAGAGGAAGAUGGUAGAGGCGCGGGUACGUCUGUCGCGCUGGGCGGCCAAUGGGGAUACGCCCUGGGACUACUCUGUGUCUGCCACACCGCACAACGGACACACGGGGGGCGGCAAAGGUCACUCGAGGGUCACUCAAGGUCACUCGGAGGUGAGUGCAGAUGUGGCGAGCCCGGCGGGAGGACGGGGAGGAGAAAUGUCUCACGACGGAGGGGGGGGCUCGAACAGCUUCCACGUGGUGUCUGGGGACAGGGGGGUGAGGGGGGACUCACUGCACCAGCAAGGUGAAGGUCACUGGUCUGACGACGCGAGCUCGGUGGAGAGCGAGGGAAGUUUUGUCACGCUGGUGCCGGAGGGCGGAGGCUGGCCGCGCACAGUGUCGGAGCACUGGCCGUCUGACGGGAACCCCCGGGGUGUGUCCAGAUGUGCCGCGUGGGAGGCGAACCCCGACCUGACAGAGGGUGAGUGGGGCGUGGUGGGAGACAUCGCCCGCAUCAAGGCCGCCGUGCUGGGCCCACCCACAGGGUCAGAGGUCAGGGAUGUGUACCCUCUCACCCCCGACUACCCGACCUCCACGCCUGUCGCCAAGGUCAGCUUGUCACACAAGACAACCACAGGCUCCGCCCACAACUCACACUCAGGCUCCGCCCACAACUCACACUCAGGCUCCCCCCACAACUCACACUCAGGCUCCGCCCACAAAACUCCCAGUAGCGCCGCCCCCUGGCCCUGCCCGGCCACUUCACAACCCCCAGCGAGGUCAGAACCCCCGGUGCGUGGUCUCAGGUCAUCUGUAGGUCAAGGUCGCGGGGAGGAGGACUUUGUGCUGCGGUCUGCUGAGUUUUGUUUCCCGUCGGAGCUGUCUCGCAUCAGCCGCGGCUCCGAGCCCUGGAAGUACCGCAGUCUGGAGGACCUGUUGGCCCGCGACGGCCGGGGUCAGGGGUCGGGCCGGGGGUUGGGGUACGCGGGGCUGGGCCCGGUGCAGGCUAUGACGGAGAGCUUCUGGAGGAACCAGUCACAGCCGGCCGGGGCCGACGAGGGGGUCACCCCACCCACGCACCACCCGACGCACCACCCCGGGGGCCAAGGUCAUCACGCUCAGACAGUCAGCAGGUCAAGGUCACAGCUUCCUGCCCGUGGGACCUCGUCCCAGAUUUCGAGUUUCGCGGACGAGGAAUUGGAGUAUCGGGCAGGGGGGGUGGGCGCGCGGGCGGUCAAAAUGUCCCGCUCCACGUCGGAACAGUCUCUGCACACGCUGCCGGGCCGCCACGCCUGGGACUGGGGGGUGGGGGGGAACGGGGGCGCGCAGCCAGCUGCCACAACUGUCUCACAGCUGGACCUACGACCUUUUGCCUUAGAGGAACAUUUCUGAUAUGUGGUGUGGAGGACUGUCAGACGCUGGUCUGUGGGUGAUGUGUGGAGGGCUGUCAGAUGCUGGUCUGUGGGUGAUGUGUGGAGGACUGUCAGACGCUGGUCUGUGGGUGAUGUGUGGAGGACUGUCAGACGCUGGUCUGUGGGUGAUGUGUGGUGUGGAGGACUGUCAGACGCUGGUCUGUGGGUGAUGUGUGGAGGACUGUCAGACGCUGGUCUCUGGGUGAUGUGUGGAGGACUGUCAGACGCUGGUCUCUGGGUGAUGUGUGGGGUGGGGUGAACAGAGGUGAUACGUGGACACAGUAGGUGGUUCGUGGGCAGAAGAGGUGAUGCGUGGACACAGGAGGUGAUGCAAGGUGAUACGUGGACACUGGAGGUGGUUCGUGGGAAGAGGAGGUGAUGCGUGGACACAGGAGGUGGUUCAUGGGCAUAGGAGGUGAUGCAAGGUGAUACAUGGACACUGGAGGUGGUUUGUGGGCAGAGGAGGUGAUGCGUGGACACAGGAGGUGAUGCAAGGUGAUACGUGGACACUGGAGGUGGUUCGUGGGAAGAGGAGGUGAUGCGUGGACACAGGAGGUGGUUCAUGGGCAUAGGAGGUGAUGCAAGGUGAUACAUGGACACUGGAGGUGGUUUGUGGGCAGAGGAGGUGAUGCGUGGACACAGGAGGUGAUGCAAGGUGAUACGUGGACAGAGAGAUGAAGCGUGAUGUAGCUGUGAUGUGUAUGGUACAUCAUGUAUGGUGUGAUGUGUACGGUACAUCAUGUAUGGUGUGAUGUGUACGGGU